AUGCCACCUGACCACAGCGCGAAACCUUAUGAGUCGAAACAUCACGAUGCGGCAGCAGUGUUGAUAGAAGGGAUCAAUACGUUUUCGCAAGCGAUAUCCUCUUCCCAGAGGAAAAGGAAGCGUGGGGUAUCCGAUAUCAUUCGAUCAAGUGACGAACCUACCACCAGUAGGCUUGAUGUCAAGGAUCUCGACACGAUUACAGGCAAUUCACGCCUGCGAAGCUCUCUGAAGGGACUCGUGGGCGAUUCAAAUUUCGAAAAUCCUUCGAAUUUUAAUGAUCAGAAAUUAGCCGCUCCUGUUCCGCAUGCCGCUCAAAUCCGUCUGAACCGACAAGAAGCGUAUUCUACAACUAAGCAGACACUCAACAAAUGGACCGAUGCCGUCCAAUCAGCUCGAAGCGCAGAGCAACUGAGAUUCCCCCUUGAAGGCAGUCUCUCCAGUCCUUUCAAUAACAGAAAGUACCAUUCAUCGCAUCAAUCAGGGCGAGCAGAGACUAGGCCCCCCACCAAAUUGGAAGAUCGAAUUUCUCAGACGCUAUCCCUAGCGACCCGAGACCUCGAAGAAAGUAAAUCUACACAGGACUCUAGAUAUCUCACAAAUUCGAGGAGCAAACAUACGAAGACUAAGACAGCCCACCUGCGGAUGGAAAGAGAACUCCUUCUUCGGAAAGAAGCGAAAGCAAAACGACUAAGAAAAAUAAAAUCUAAGUCGUACCGGCGGAUUUUAAGAAAAGACCAGCGGAAGCUUGAUACGCUACCACCCUCUUUAGAAAACUCCGACCCCGAUGGAACAGAAGGAACACUAGAAGAGGGGGUGGGUAUCUUUCGAAUAGACAAUGGCUCACCAGGAAGAGAGCAGAGCGAUAAUACGCGAUCAUGCCAAAACAUUAAUGAAAAAAAAAGCAUGCUAUUAGGGCAUCAGAACGGCGAGAAUCUUCCUGGUCAGCGCCUGUUCGCGAUGAAGUUCAUGGACGCGGAAAAACGCAAUACCAUCAAAGAUAAACCUACUGAAGUUUCCGAUAUCCGAGAAAUUCCCAAAGGAAGGCGAAUAUUCCACGAUGGCCUCCUUGCUAGCCAUGCGAGACAAAUUGAAGCCGUAUCUACCACCAACAAAAAGGCCAUACACUCAUCUGACCCCGAAGUUAACCCUCUCAUGGAUCCUAAGCUAGGCGAGAUAGAGGAAAAAUCAAACCCGUGGCUCUGCCCUAUGAAUAAUAACAACAAACUGGCAGCGUCACUAUCGGCACCAUUAGUUUCUCAAAAACAUGAAGACCAGCCAUUAACUCCUGCACAAAAUUUAAACGAUAGGCACACCGCAGUGCUAAACUUUGAUCCACCCCCCCCCGGCUCCCAUUUAUCCUAUAGCACCCCGGAGUCGGUGCUCCCUUCGCCGGCCCCGCAGGUUCUCCAUAAAUACCCACCUGAUGCAGCGAAAAACGAACAAUCCAAGCUUCUGGCUCGCGCUUUUGCUGGUGAUAAUAUUCUUACGGAAGUACUGGACCAGCCGCCAAAACGCUCUAGUCGUUCGGACCGCGAUGUCUCAGGUUUACAAGGCUGGGGUGCCUGGGGUGUUUCGCUAGGAAAUACUGGAAGAUCCCAUAAACAAAAGGGGGUCAGCCGGCGAACGUCCGAGAGCUAUCAGACUAGAGUUGAAAAAGUCGUUUUAAAUCAACAACUCUGCAAAAAGGGAGUGAAGUAUCUUGCCACUAAUCUUCCAUACCCAUUUGAAACAAACGAUCAAUAUGAGCGUUCACUUCGCUUUCCAAUUGGGCAGGAAUGGUCGACCAAGCAGACUCAUCAAACUCUGGCUGCGCCCAAAGUUAUAGUUAGAGGAGGCACCGUAAUUGCUCCAUUGUCGUGA